GUAUCGAACACACAUUUGUUUACGCUGCUCUCCUGCUGCUUUCUAGUAGUGACCAUUGUAAACAAACCAUGAGCUUGGAAUUUGUCUUGGUCUGCAUUUGAUACCGAUUAUAUAGUUGAACACCCAGUGUUAUUUUCAGCUAGUCAACUUCAUGUAACAAAGGAAACCGAGUCUGUCUUUGGUUUGGCGACAUGGACAGUGAGGUAUCCGAUUUAGAUCAAGGACCCGUUGGGGGGGCAGAGGUAAGAAUGGAUAGACCCCCACACGCUCCGGUGUACUGUGUCUGCCGCAAACCAGACAGCAACUGUUUCAUGAUAGGUUGUGACAACUGCAAUGAGUGGUUUCAUGGGGACUGCAUCGGUAUAUCUGAAAAGAUGGCUAAGUCCAUCAGGGAGUGGUACUGUGAAAAAUGUCGCAGCAAAGACGGUUCAUUGGAGAUCAAGUACAGGCAGAAGAAAAGCAAGCAAGACAAAGACUUUGAAGACGACAGGAUGGUGAGACAACGUGGGGGCAGAACGCCUGAUUUCAUGGAGCGGCGACGUGGAUCCAAACAAUCGGUACAGGUGAAGCGCUCUGCCCGUAUGUGCGGAGAGUGCGAGGCAUGCAUGCGCACAGAGGACUGCGCCCAGUGUGACUUCUGCAAGGACAUGAAGAAGUUUGGCGGCCCCAACAAGAUCAGACAGAAGUGCAGACUCCGACAGUGUGAAGUCAGGGCCAGGAAAAUGCUGCGUGUGAAGGACGAGGAGUACUACAUGUCCAGGGACCAGGACUACUACUCCUCCCAGGACGACAGACAGCUAUCUGACGAGUUCAGUGAGAACGAGCUGGAGCUCUACAAGCAGUACAGAGCCGGCACAUAUGAUGAACACAACGUGGCGUGGGGAAGUGAUGAUGAGGAGGCUCCAUAUGAUCCCUCCCAGCACAAGAGAGCUGUGAAGGUGAAGCACGUCAAGAGACGGGAGAAGAGGUCUGAACGCAAGAAAGAGGAGAGCAAAGUGAAGCAGCAUAAGAAGAAGCAGAAGCACCGUGACAAGGUGCGGCACAGCGAGCGUGCGGAAAGCAAGGAGCCGGGCGGCCUGCGCCAGUGCCUGGGCCCGGGCUGCGUGGAGAUGGCACGUGCCACCUCCAAAUACUGCUCCGACGACUGCGGCAUGAAGCUGGCAGCCAACCGCAUCUAUGAGAUCCUGCCCCAGCGCAUCCAGCAGUGGCAGCAAAGUCCCUGCAUAGCGGAGGAGCAGGGCAAGAAGCUUCUGGAGCGCAUUCGGCGCGACCAGCAGCAGGCUCGCCUCCGCCUCACCGAGAUGGAGCGCCGCUUCCACGAGCUGGAGGGCAUCAUCGGCAAGGCCAAGCAGCAGACCGUCCAGGAGGACCAGGAGGUGAAUGAAGGGGACGAUGACACAGACUUCCAGAUCUUCUGUGUGUCGUGCAGUCAUCCCAUCAAUCCCAAGGUGGCACUGCGCCACAUGGAGAGGUGCUACGCAAAGUAUGAAAGUCAAACAUCAUUCGGCUCUAUGUACCCCACGCGCAUUGAAGGAGCCACCAGGCUUUUCUGCGAUGUUUACAACCCACACAGUAAAACCUACUGCAAAAGGCUUCAAAUCCUUUGUCCAGAACACUCGAGGGACCCUAAGGUUCCAGCGGAUGAGGUGUGUGGAUGUCCUCUGGUGCGUGAUGUGUUUGAGCCCACUGGAGAGUACUGCAGAGUGCCCAAGCGCAAGUGCAACAAGCACUACUGCUGGGAGAAGCUGAGAAGGGCAGAGGUGGACCUGGAGCGAGUACGAGUGUGGUACAAGCUUGAUGAGCUGUUUGAGCAGGAGCGUAACAUGCGUACUGCCAUGACGAACCGAGCAGGCUUGUUGGCCCUCAUGUUGCACCAGACCAUACAGCACGACCCCGUCACCACAGACCUGCGCACCAACAAGGAGAGAUAAUCUCAGGUCCAUUAGGCUAUUCAUCGACACACAUCAAAGCAAAGAAUUUCAUUCAUCGAAAUAUAAAAUUGAGGAAUUAAAUUCAAUACGAAUCGUAACAGGCUGCUUUUGGUGUGUAUGCUGGUGUUUUAUUUUUUUUACAGGUUGUAAAGUGUCUGAAAGAUGGACUGAGAGUGACAUUGUGGAUCACAAUGCUCAUUUUAAACUUCUAUCUCAAAAUAUAUAACUUGAUGGAUUGGUUUUACUUUUUAGAUUAAUAUGUGAGUGUGUUUUUUUUAACGUCUGGUGCUAAUAAUGUGGCCUUACCAUAGAAGGGCCUGGCCUAAAGGUGCUGCAAAUCAUUGGAUGAGGUGUUUUGGACAAUCUGAAUGAUCAUGUCAUGCAUUACUUGUGAAAUAAUUCUUCCACAAUAAAAGAAUGUAUUGAGUGAAA